AUGGCCGCGCUGCUCGCCGUCAUCGUCUCGCUGUACCGGUACCAGGAGCUGAUGAACCAGUACGCCCUGCUCACCCUCUACGCGUUCCACGUGUACUUGGCCCUGGAGCUGGUCCUGGCGUCGGCGGCCGCGGCGGCGCGCGCGCUGCUGGGCAUGGAUCUGGAGCCGCAGUUCGACCGGCCGUACCUGUCGGCGUCGCUGCGGGAUUUCUGGGGACGGCGCUGGAACCUGUCGGUGCCCGCCGUGCUCCGGCCGUGCGUGUACCGCCCAGUGCGCGCGCGCCUGGGCCCGGCCGCGGGGGUGCUCGCGACGUUCCUGGUGUCCGGGCUGGUGCACGAGCUCAUGUUCUACUACAUCACGCUGCGGCCGCCCACCGGGGAGGCGACCGCCUUCUUCGCGCUGCACGGCGCGUGCGCGGUGGCGGAGGCGUGGUGGGCGAGGCACGACGCGUGGUGGCGCCCGCCGCGGCUGGUGGCCACCCCGCUGACGCUGGCGUUCGUGCUCGUGACGGCGUUCUGGCUCUUCUUCCCGCCGAUCACGAGGCCCGGGGCCGACAAGCUGGUGAUCGCCGAGUGCGAGGCGGCCGUCGCGUUCGUCCAGGACGCCGGCGCCUGGGCGGCCGGCUCCGUCCGGUCGGUCUGGACUGGGCGCUCGUAG